AUGUCGUCUUCAACCAUCCAGUGGAACUGUCUACACUUCAUCAUCUUCAUCUCAGUUUUUCUUCUUGUUCUCUUCACGUACUACACCUCAGACAUUUCAGUUCCCACUUUUGCUUUUUGUACGACGUCCCAGAAAAAGUCAAACUGUUCUUGUGACGACGCCGACCCACUGGUCAAUGAAACCCCCCGGACCCAGACCGAGCCCAAUACCGUUGUACUGAUCUGGACGUGGCCGUUCGGACAAAGACAUGACCUCAGCUGCCGUGUUUUCAACAUCACCAGGUGUCUUUUGACGGACAACAGGACUCUGUACCACCAAGCCCACGGGGUUUUGUUCCACCACAGAGACAUUAACGGGAAUCUGGACGGGUUUCCCAAUGAACCACGUCCCUGGUUCCAGAAAUGGGUUUGGUGGAACAUGGAGUCACCGGCGCACUCAUCUCAGAUCCCUGCACUGAACCACUUAUUCAACCUGACAUGUAACUACCGCUACGACUCAAACAUCCCAGUGCCUUAUGGGUAUUUGGUGCCGGUGAUGUCCCAGGAUGAGGUUUUCAAAGUACCAGCGAAGGACAAGUUGGUUUGCUGGAUCGUGAGCAACUGGAGAGCACAUUAUGAAAGGGUCCAGUAUUACGACAAACUGAAAAACUAUAUCAACGUUCGCGCUUACGGAAGUCCGUUUGGCCAUCAUUUGACGGACCAGGACUAUACGACCAUCAUCUCCAGCUGUAAAUUCUACCUCUCCUUUGAAAACUCUGUGUACAAAGACUACAUCACAGAGAAGUUGUACAACCCCAUGAGGCUGGGCAGUGUCCCCGUAGUCCUCGGUCCUCCCAGGGAAAACUACGAGGACCACAUCCCUGGAGAUGCUUUCAUUCAUGUCAAUGACUUCGCCUCUCCGAAGGAACUGGCAGAGAGGUUAAUUUACCUCGACCGAAAUCCUGACGAGUACAUGAACUACUUCAACUGGAGAAACAGGUUUAAGGUCGUAAACUCUUGGUUCGGUCAUGAACACGCCUGCAGAACUUGUAGCUAUUUGCAGAGGAACAGAGGUUACCACGUGUUCCAUAAUCUGAACAAAUGGUACUGGGGUUAACGAGUCGU